AUGCAGCACGCCCGCCACAGAAGCGCCGCGCCCACCGCAAAUGACACCGACCUCUCGCAGUAUCUACGGCACGGCCCCCCCGGCACCGAGCACUUGCGCCAGGCCUCUUUGCACCGCACAGGCCGCUCGGCCGGCCACAUGAACACCGCCGGCUCGACGUUGAUCGUCGGCAAAACGCGGCCGCCCGCCGGGGCCGGCACCAGCGCCGCCGCCCGCGUCUUUUCCGAGCCGCUGGCGCAUCUCCCGACGCCGGGCUUGAGCCAUUCCAGAAGCGUGGGCGACACGUCCGCACGGGCCUCCCAGAGAGGGCCGCCUGUAGCCACCCCGGCGGCCGGGCGCGCCCACGAUGAACCCGCCCACCUGCCCGAAUCCGCCCCCUUGACCGAGCCCGCCCAGUUGACCGUGUGGUUCCACGAGCCGGCGUCGUAUGCGCAGGACGUGAUGGUGGACCCGGCCGCGUUCCCCGGCGUCGUGGUGGGCGGGCUCUACGAGCUCCAGCCCGUGCGCAGGGACGGCGGAAGUGGGCAGAAACUCGUGUUUGUGGUGCGUCCGGACAGCGUGGUGACGCGGCCGCCGGGCGGCGCGCUGGGCGCCAGCAAAGCCAAGCCCGGGUUCCAGAUCUCGUUAGCCGCGGGGCUCCAGAAACUCUUGGACGUACCGCCGCGGGCCGCGGUGCAGGUGCGGGCCGUGGCGGCCGCCGGCGCCGUGCAGCUCGACAGCGUGGAGAUCCACAUCCGCGACGUCAACUUGUCGCGCGACUCGCAGUGGAGCCUCCUGUCGGAAAUGGUGGGCACGUGCUGCCACGUGGACCAGCGCGUCAGCUUCAUGGGCAGCCGCAUCGGGGCCGUGCGCGGCGUGUUCAAGGACGGGCGCAAGCGCUUCAGCGGGUACGUCGGCAGCGACACCAGCAUCGUGUUCCGCUCCGAGAGCGCCAAGCUCGUGUUCUUGGUGCAGCUCUCGCGCGAGAUGUGGCACUUCGAGGAGAACGGCGAGAUCAUGUUCCACAAGCUCGUCAACACGCUCUUCCCCAUGAUCUUCCACAAGUGGCGCGCCACCAACGCGCACCACGCCAUCACCAUCGUGCUCUUCACCACCGUGGACUCCACGCGUGCGCCGUGGACCUCGCUAGGCGCUGGCGAGCGCCCGGCCCGCUGCCAGGACUACUACCGCGUGGUGGUGGACCAGGUCAGCGUGUUCAUGUGGGACAAGAUCAUGGCCAACUUGCGCCUCGAGUUCGCCAACUUCAAGCGCGACAUCUUGCUCCGCUUGGACGCUGCGGAAUACAAGAUCCGGGGCGAGCCGUGCCCGGCGGUCAAGGGCAACUUGCUCGAGGCCAUCAACCUCAGCUUGGCGCUAGUGAGUGACCGCUACCGCAACACGGACUUGCGCCACACCAUCAACCACUUGGUGAUGGUCACCCCGGGCACGGGGCUCUUCGACGUGGACCACGAGCUCAUGCUCGACACCUCCAAGAAGAUGUUCAGCCUCGACUGCGCUUUGGACAUCGUGUGCUUGAGCCAGCCGCCUCUCCACACCGUGCCCUUGUUCCGCUACCGCUCCGACAGGGGCGACGUGUGCCACUGCGUCCCCAAGUGGUGCGACAUGUCCUUCUACGGCGCGGCCGCCCAGACAUCGUCCCAGUGGAUCCCGCGCUGCAAGAUCUACGAGUUGCAGAUGAUGGGCCUCAUGGAGAACGAGGUCAAGGACGUGCUGCUCGACCGCAUCCACUUCAGCGACAAUGUCCCUGUCGUCGAGUCCAUGAACGACUACGACGACACCGUGUUCAGCCCCGUCAACAAAAAACCCUUGAUCGUCAAGCACCGCUUCCUGAAGCGAAAGGACAGGGGCCUCCCGCUGCAGAAAAUCUCUGCCACGCUCUCGCUCAUGCGGAAAGCGGACGACAGCAUGGCUUCUGCGCAGCGCGCAGCCACCAACGUCUCAACCACAAACUCCUCGGUCAACGGCUUGGUCACCCACAUUUCCAUGGCCAACUCUGCGUUGUCGACAUUGUACACCUUGAACAAGACGGGCGAAGAUGUGGGAAGCAAGUCGAGGAGAGCCGCCAGCCCUGCCACCACCACUUCUGCCGUCAAGACGGCUCGCAGUCUGAGCAGCUUGAGUGAAACUUCAAACCAAGGGGCCAAGGUCCUGAGGGUCACGGCCGACGCGAAUUUGCGAAAUGAAAUCUCCAAGUCUUCUAGAGCUAAUCAGCAAACGCGAAAACGCGAGCUCAACAAGAGCCUCUCCUCCACUGAAAAACGGAAAUCCGCCUUUGACAUCGAGGUUUCAGAAAGAGAAGAAAAUAACCCUUACUGGAUGUCGGUUGACAACCCCUCGGAACCUCAGCCGGAAGUAGCGGCGCAGUGCAGUCGCUGGGCCGAUGUGUUCCCUCCAAAGAUCAAGAGAAGAAUGUUCAAGUGGCGCUCGUUCAAGGCCCCAGCAGCCUUGCCAAUAGGCACCACCUUAUUUCCCACCAGCUCUCAAAUGGAGACCGAGUAUACGUUUCAAAUCUAUGUCGUGACUCUUAACUGGGAAAACCGGCUUGAGCUCAAGACGAUGAAGGAUCUCAUGCGAGAGAUGAUCCGCCUUAGACUUGCCCUCGGCUUCCAGAUCUGCUAUGGUGAUAAGGUGAAGAGAUUCGAAGCCGAACGGAAGUCCGGAGGGUACCCUGAAGGUAUCAUAAAAUAUUUUCCAUCAGGAGAUUGCGCUGGUGCUCGCAUAUACCUAUCGUUGAAUGAGGAAAUCCACAGGAUUUUUCUCGACUACAAUGGAUCUUUGAACGUGCAGCUUUACAAAAGAGUGAAAAGCGAGGAGAAAAUGAGAAUUCUGCUAGGAUCACAUCUCUCAAAAAGCAAGCAUAAGCCUUUGAUCAGAACAAGAUAUGCUGAUGAGUACACUCCAUCCAAGGUCACAGAGCGUGACUCAAUUUUCCAGUACUUUAAUUGGAAUCAAAUGGAUCAGCUCAUUGCCGGAUACGAGGAUGCAGUCCCUGAAACAAAUCGACACUUCCGCCAAAUGAAAUUUGUCGUAAUUCCCGGUCCUAUUUCAGCUAACGCCUAUCAAAUAACGAACGAGAAAUUAUCUGAAGAGGAAAUACGUCUCGAAGGAUUGAGAAAAUUGAUUGCGCUUAUCGAAAGAGGCAGAUAUAGGAAGAAUGAGGACACUACCAAAAGCAAGGAAGAGUUUUUUCCAGAAAUUCACUUCUACACUGGUAAUCUACACGACUUUUUGAAUGAACAGGCCGAGUACUAUAAUUUAAGCGGAACAAAGCCAUCGAACUCUCUUAUGAUCACAGAUGGGCUGCGGUUCAAUACGAACAUCAAGCUUUCCCAGUUAGCACAAGAAUUGCAAACUGAAGGAGGUUUGAAAUUGGUCGAUAGAACUUGGCACUUCAAGUUGCACCCCCAUUGUUUUCUUGGAUGUGAUCUUGUGACUUGGAUUAUAAACCUGUUUGAUAAUAUUGACAGCCGAGAGGCCGCAACUGAUUACGGUCAAAGUUUGAUGGACAAAAACUUAUUCUGCCAUGUUGAGAAUAGACAUGGCUUCUUAGAUGGUCAUUACUUUUACGAGUUUCAUGACGAGUUUGUGGAUCAGACGUAUAAAGCGAGAGCCGCGAAGAAAAGUUGGUUCCUGAAAAAGCAGCCUCACGCAACAGAAGAGGCAAAGGAACUCAAGGAAUCUCCAAUUUCGACGGCACCACAAACACCUUUAUCGAUGGCCCCCAACACCCCCUCUCUUACGCGAGCUAAUUCAGUGACAAGUACGGGGGACAGCCAAGCUGAGUUGAAAAAAACUGUCUCGCACUAUCACCUACCAGAAAGUGAAGCAUCUUCCUUAACUGAGUCUCAAACAGUAAGAAGACGCAAGAAAUUUAUGAUCAGCAAACAUGUGAAGUAUAACUGCGAUCCUUCUGGAAAGUCCUUCAGGCCCGAGUUGCUUGAUGUGCACUAUGAUAGUGUACAUAAUCCGGAACACUGUUAUCAUAUCCGACUUCAGUGGCUCAGUACAACUACCAAGUUUAUUGAUGAGACAGUCAUAAACUGGUCACGCUUUUGUGAGAGGUACGGACUCAAGCUUGUCGAAACUCCUUGGAGAGAGGUUUGUACAAUACCGGAAAUUAACCCUUUCCAUUCCUUUGUUGACCUCAAAUUAGCAGUAAACCCGUUGCAGGAUACUGAGUUCAAGGACUUAGAAAUCCUCAAAACAAACAGGUUUUACUUCCACCUUCAUUUCUUAAAGGUUGCGGAUUUCCUUCUCGACAACCGCGGCACGUCCUUCUUCCUGAAAGAUCCAAUUGAGAUCUCUUACAGCUGGGGAAAACCUACAUUUAAGUACGCACAAUUCAUCCACAAAAGUGGAGCGUACAUCGUUGAGCUAAGAGAUAACGGCGAGUUUUCCAUGGCACCAAACAACGUGCACAUACUUCGGAUGAACACCUUUGUAAAUCCAGGCACCGAACAAAGUGGGAAAAACAGUAUUCUUGAUUCGCAGAGAGUCUUGCUAAAGUUUAGAGAAUGUUGCAGAGACGAAAGCUUCUUGAGACAGGUUUUCCGCGAUGCAUCAAAGUUCUUGCAGGAAGACUACGACGCAGCGUAUGUUGUUGGGAUGUAA